AUGGGUGUGGAGGCCAUCGCUGUGGAUCCAGACUUGUACCCUCCUGAGAGCAUGUAUAGUCCUGAUGACUGGCAGUCAUAUCAGUCGCUUUCGACCAAAGAAUAUUGUGUUCCAUCCGAUGAGCAACAAUUCGAAACCUAUGAAGCAGGACAUCUUGUAGAUCUCAUCAUGGACUCGGAUCGAGACAAUCCAUUGUUUCGGUCACCCGUUGGGAUAAACCAAGAACGCCCGCUAGAGGUUCUCGACAUUGGAACCGGAAAGGGCACUUGGGCCAUUGAUGUCGCUGAUAUGUUCCCAAAUGCUAUCGUCCGAGGAGUUGAUCUUUUUCCCCCUCCAGUCACCUGGAUGCCACCCAAUUGCAUUAUGGAGGUCGAUGAUGUGCUACAAGAGUGGACAUGGCGCAAAAAAUUCGAUCUAAUUCAUAUGCGCAAUAUGAUCGGAUCAUUUAACUCUUCUGAGUGGGACAUUGUUUACCAGCACUGCUUUGAGAAAAUGGCCCCUGGUGGAUGGAUUGAACAGAUCGAGGCUGGCCCUUUUAUCACAAGUGACGAUGAGAGUCUCCCAGCCGAUAGUGCCUUGUCCUCAUGGGGCCCGCUUAUACAAAAGUGCGGUGAACGCGCGGGUCGCUCUUGCGAUAUCGUCUUCACCAUGUCGGAGAGCAUCAAGAACGCAGGGUUCGUGGACGUGCACGAAAAAAUUUACAAAUGGCCAAUUGGGCCAUGGGCCAGAGACCACAAAUUCAAGGAGGCAGGUAUGGUCAAUUGCCAACAUUGGAUGUUUGGUAUGGAGGGGUGGUGCAUGUGGCUGCUGACAAAAUUUGGUGAUCCCGAGCCGUGGACUAAGGAGCAAGUUCAUGUGUACUGUGCUAAACUACGCAGUGAACUAAAGAACCCAAACUAUCAUGCGUAUCAUAAAGCGUAA